AAAGAGAGAGAGGGAAAAGACAAAAACAUGAAAUUUCAAGAAUGUGGUAGUUUUAAGAGUUGGGUGGGUCGGUAGAGAAGUGAUUAAGGUGGCCAUUGUCUGGUUCCUUUACCAUGAAAGCGCAAAAAAGUUUGGUUAAAUUGCGUGGUUUGGACCAAUAAACGGGAGACUUAUUAUAUUUUGGUAUAGAUUUAGGAAAAUAGUAGCAUCUACGUGUAAUGAACUAUCGAGAAAAUGAGCUUAUCUUAAUCCAUUUGGCUCAACAUCGAAGACAUCGGUCACCCAAAAAAGCACCCAAAAAAGUGUCUAGAGUGUCUAGAGCAGUUAGCUUUCAAUUUCUACAACCAAAUUCUUAGAAAUCCCAAUUUUUCGAGCUCUUGUAUGGGGUUUUGUGUUGUUUGUUGUUAGUUCGAUUAUAAGUGUUUAUUAUCAGAGUCUGAUUUUUGCAUCACACUACAGCAUUUGGGUUUUCAUUCAUUUUACAGAAUUCUCAGAGAGAGAGAGAGAUUCACUUGUUGCUCAAUAAAUCAAUACCUCUGUUUGGUCAGCUGUUUUGAUUUAAUCAUUUCCCAAAAGGUGAAUUGGUUGUUCUUUAGAAGAAAUUAGACUUUAAUGUGUUUUGAAUAAUUGUAGAAAAAAAAAAAAAAAAAAAAAGCAUUUCAAGAGUGUUUAAGAGUACAGAAAUUUUCAAUUCAAGCAUGUCUGUUGCUUUGUUAUGGGUUGUGUCCCCCAAUUCGGUGGUAUCAAAUUGCUUUGGAUUUUUCGAGUCGGUCCGAGAAGGAAACCGACUAUUAGAUUCGUCCAAGUUCAUUGGUCGAGAUCAAAAUUUGAUGUGCAGUUCCAAACUCGAGAAUGGUAAGAAAAAUAGGUGCAACACUUGCCCUCUCCAUACAGAAUUGAGAUAUUCUUGCUUAGGAGCCUCCGGUUUAGAAAAUGGGGGCAAAUUUCCCCAUGUGCUUUCUAGUAUCGUAGUGAAUGCGGCCGGAGAAAUGGCGGUCUCAUCGGAGCAGAAGGUUUACGAUGUUGUAUUGAAGCAGGCGGCGUUGGUCAAGAAGCAGUUAAAGUCCAGUGGUGAUCUUGAUGUGAAACCGGAUAUCAUUUUACCCGGGAAUCUGAGCUUGCUGAGUGAAGCUUAUGACCGGUGUGGCGAGGUUUGUGCAGAGUAUGCCAAGACAUUUUACUUGGGAACUCUGCUAAUGACUCCCGAGAGGCGCAGAGCUAUUUGGGCGAUAUAUGUGUGGUGUAGGAGGACAGACGAGCUUGUUGAUGGGCCUAAUGCAUCACAUAUAACACCUAAAGCUCUGGAUAGGUGGGAGUCAAGGCUGGAAGAUCUUUUUCAAGGACGGCCAUUUGAUAUGCUCGACGCUGCUCUAUCAGAUACAGUCGUGAAGUUUCCUGUUGACAUUCAGCCAUUCAAAGAUAUGAUCGAAGGAAUGAGGAUGGACCUUAGAAAGUCAAGAUAUGAAAACUUUGAUGAGCUAUAUCUCUAUUGUUACUAUGUGGCUGGGACUGUUGGAUUGAUGAGUGUUCCAGUUAUGGGCAUUGCACCUGAAUCGCAGGCAACUACAGAGAGCGUCUAUAAUGCUGCCUUGGCAUUAGGGAUCGCAAAUCAGUUGACCAACAUACUCAGAGAUGUUGGAGAAGAUGCCAGAAGAGGAAGGAUUUAUCUACCCCGAGACGAACUGGCACAGGCAGGGCUUUCAGAUGAUGACAUAUUUGCAGGAAAGGUAACAGAUAAAUGGAGGAAGUUCAUGAAGAAUCAAAUUAAGAGGGCAAGGAUGUUUUUUGACGAGGCAGAGAAGGGUGUCACGGAGCUGAGCUCAGCUAGUAGAUGGCCAGUGUGGGCAUCCUUGCUAUUGUAUCGCCAAAUAUUAGAUGAGAUUGAAGCCAACGAUUACAACAACUUCACAAGGAGGGCAUAUGUUAGCAAACCGAAGAAGAUACUUGCAUUGCCAGUCGCGUACACCAAGUCUCUUGUCACCCCAUCAAGAACGCCGUCUUCCAUGGCAAAGGCAUGAAUAGAACCAUGAACAUCAAAUUUAAAUCAGAGUGAAUUAUAUAGUUGAAGAAAAGGUGAAAAUGUGUAUAUUGUUACAAUGCAGUGAGUAUUCAUUGAAAUUAGAGUAUCAUUUUCUCUCAGCCUUCUCAAA